AUGGAACAAAUCAAUCAAAUCCUUAGGGAUAGAGAGAUUAUCGGAGAUCGAUACAAUCGAUUAGAAAAGAGGUUCACCUCUAGCAGUCAUACACUAUCGGUGCUGAAAAACACUGAAUCGUUGCAAGGACACGAAGAAUGCGUCAACACGAUUGCAUUUGACAGUGUUGGCAAAUACGUAGUCUCUGGAUCAGACGAUGAGACCAUCAAGAUUUGGGACUUUGAAAAGCGACAAUGCAUAGACACACUCUAUGGACACUCGACCAAUGUUUUCACUGCAGACUUCCUUCCGUUUAGAUCAAACAAGGAUGUUGUCAGUGGUGGAAAUGAUUCAGAUGUCCGACAUUUUGAACUCAACGCAAGAACCUGUACAGUAUACACUCAUCACACCAAAAAGGUAUUAAAACUAUCGGUCAACCCAAGACAACCUGAAACAUUCCUCACUUGUUCGGCAGAUGGAACCGUUCGAAUGUUUGACAUUCGUUGUAAAUACCAAGAUUCCUUUUCUCAUUCAAUUCCAACUACCUAUACUUCUACUUCUACUGACGUUGAAGUUUUACCUCAAAUGUUUGGAGGUGGUAGAACAAGUGAUAGAGUUGGUCAAAAUCAACAACAACAACAACAACAACAAGAACAACAACAACAAUCAAGACAAACAUAUAAUUAUAAUACACAUACAUCAACAUUGGUAGUAAAUUUUGAUUCAAUACCUCUUAGAAGAAGUUUAAGAAGUAGUUUUAAAAAACAAUCAACAACUAUAUUUACAGUGGAAUUUCAUCCAAAUGAUGGUUAUAGUUUUAUUACUUCUUCAUCUGAUGGUAGUGUUAGAUUAUUCGAUCUUAGAUUAAUUCAAGAUUAUUCAUCAAAUUCAUUUGUAAAUAUUUAUAGAAAUCUUCAUAAACCAUGGCCAACUGUAAAUGAAUGUACAGGAUGUGUAUUUAGUAAAGAUGGCACUGAAAUAUUGGCAACCUAUCUAUCAGACGAUAUUUAUCUAUACGACAUUCAAAGAAAUGUUUGCAAGGAAUUAAAUUUAGAUUAUUUUAAAGAUCAUUCAAUUAAAAAGAGAAGAGCCAAUCAUAAUGUAAAUAGUAAUAAGAGGAGGAAUAAUGCACAAAAAAAGAAAAAGGUUCUUUAUGAUUUUUUAAAUAGAUUUCAAGAAGAUCUCGAAAAUAAUACUUUACAUAAUAUUUUAAAUGGUCAUUUUGGUCAAAAUGAAAAUGAUAGCGAUAGUGAAAGUGAUAAAGAAUUGGAAGAAAUGGAAGAAUUGGAAGAAGAAGAAGAAGAGGAACCAUUAGAAGAGGAAUCAAAAAAAAUAGAUACAUCAAAUGGUGGUUCAACUCAAUCAUCAAGUUUUAGUAAUCUUAGUGAUGCAAGUCGUUCAUCAUCUUCUACUACUAAUACUAAUAAUUCCAAUACAUCAACAUCUACAACAACAACAACAACAUCAACAUCAACAACAACAACAACAACAAACAAUUCACGCAAUACUACCAGUAGAUUAAGUAUGGACGAUUCAUUUGCCUUGGAAUAUUGUCAAGACAUGUUGGAUCAAUAUUAUAAUGAUAUCAUCGUUGAAGAAGAGGAUAGAGAAAGAGGUGGAGAAAAGGAUAAUACAAGUCAAGUUGGUUCAGAUUUCUUUGAAGAUGAAUAUGAAGGUUAUUAUGAUCAUCAAGAUGAUCAAAUUGAUAAUAAUCAAAAGAAAAGAAAAAUUAAUCAAGAUGAAGAUGAAGUUGAAGAAGGAGAAGAUGAUGAAGAAGAAGAGGAAAUGGAUGAAAUGGAUGAUAGUUUAGAAGAAGAUGAAGAUGAUUCAGAUUUAUUUCAAGAUUCUACUUCUUCUGAUUCAGAUGAAUCAGAAAUUGAAGAAGAUAUAUCAAAGACAAUGAUACCAAAAUCAUAUAAACAAAGAUAUAAUGGACAUAUUAGUAAUAUGACAAUUAAAUCAUGUGGAUUCUAUGGAAGCAAUAGCGAGUAUGUAAUGACUGGAUCAGAUGAUCAUCACAUAUUCAUUUGGGAGAAAAAGACUGGCAAUUUGGUUCGUAUUUUAGAAGGACACAAUGAUGUUGUCAACUGUGUUGUCAGUCAUCCAAACCUUCCACAAAUUAUAUCAUGUGGUUUGGAUAACGAUGUAUUGAUUUGGGAGCCUGAAGACAAUUACCCUAGCCAAAAGGAACUUGCAAAGAGACAAAAACAAAUAUCUCAAUUCAUAGAUGUCGAUCAUAAAAAGAGAAGAAUUCGUUCACUCGAUGAUGCUACCUAUUCAGUUUCAACUUCUUGUGCUCAACAAUAA